UGAAAAUGUAUCAAACGAAUUUAUGACUUCUGCCGACUCCCAAAAAAUUUAGCUCAUCUUUCUAAUAAAUAAUUGAAAUUUAUUAAUUGUGAUAACGUUUUUAAUCCUUUCAAAAUAGAACGAUUUCCGGUUUAGUCUUAAUUAGGAAUGUGGAGCGUCGCUGAUGUACAUUAUUGAAAAAUAUUACUAAUUACACAUUUAUUUUUUUGUGAUGAGGGUUUUGUUUAUAAAAAUGUUUAUAGUUACUCUUGAGUUUUAAAGAAUCUACGUGACGUGAAAUUUUAUUAACUAUUUUAAAAAGUUGUGGUAAUAUUUGCAUAAUUAUGCAAGACUUUACAAAUGAUUCUAUUAAUCAACGUAGCACAAUAUCUCUUGCUUUUCUUCGUUUAUCACAGAGACAGCAAAAAUUUCUGGAUGAUAUAACACCUUUUAAAACAGCAAGAUGGAUAGCAGCAUUAGUAUUUAUUAUUUUAUUCAUGUUAAGAAUAAUAUUGUUACAGGGAUGGUACAUAGUCACAUAUGCAUUAGGUAUUUAUCAUUUAAACCUGUUCAUUGCUUUUCUUACCCCAAAAAUUGAUCCAGCAAUGGAAGAGUUUGAAGAUGAUUCUGGUCCAUCAUUACCCACACGAGCAAAUGAAGAAUUUCGACCAUUUAUUCGACGACUACCAGAAUUUAAGUUUUGGUAUUCGGUAGUUAAGUCUACUUUAAUAUCAAUAGGUCUUACGUUUUUUCAAUUCUUUGACAUUCCUGUGUUUUGGCCAAUUCUAGUUUUGUAUUUCAUUGUUCUUUUCUGCAUUACAAUGAAACGUCAAAUCAUGCACAUGAUUAGAUACAGAUACUUACCAUUCACUCAUAGUAAACCGAAAUAUCAAGGCCAUGAUGAUAGUGGAAAGGUGAUUAGAGCUAAAUGAUUUUUAAAUGGCACCAAUUAUUCCACAGUCAGUCAUGCCUGUUAUUAACCAAACUGUUACGUGAUCAUGAAAUUGAAAUACUUUUUAUGUAAAAGUAUAUGAUUGGUUAUUUUUUUGCAUAUAUUAUAUUAUAAACUCAUAAUAAAUUUAAAUGAGGCAAAACUAUAAUUUGUAUUUUCCAAUGUUUGUUUAUAAAUUUUAUUACAUUUCUUUAGACUACCAAUAAUUUUGUUAAUUAUUUAGUGGCAUUAGUGGAUGGUCUGAUCAUUUUAGAAAAAACCAAAAUAUAAUUGUUUUACUUUAAAUUUGUACUUUCAAUUAAAUUAAAAAAUAUAAUACUUGUUUUGCAAAUUUUGUAAAAAUUUAUUUUAAUAUUAUAAACCUGUCAAUAUUUUGUUAAAGAAUCUAAUAAAAAUGAAAAAUAACAAACUUAA